AUGACGGUGCCGAUCGAGCAUUCCUCUAGGCCGACGGUGGGGUUUCCCUUGGGAACUGCGCUGUUGCUUCUUGUGAUCUUCUCCCUCAGUGGAAUGUUCUCAUGCUGCUACCACUGGGACAAGCUCCGGUCCCUCCUCCGGUCUCGGCAUCCUGCCAUGUUCCAAGAGGGCGAGCAUACCGUGAUCUCCAUCGGGUCAUCGCCAAGCAAGACAGCUUCUGAUCACAAGCUGGAGAAAAUGGGGAAAGAGUGUGGUUUGCCUGUCAUUAUGCCCGGGGACAGGGUCCCCAAAUUCUUCGCGAGGCCGUGCCCACACGAGAUGUGUUUGCCUGAAGCAGAGAAGACUGAAGCCGCGUUGGAAACCAAAUGUUCGGUUCAUGAGACCAUCUGUAUCUGUACAUGA